CACCAAAAUGUCCAAGGCUGAGAAGAAGUCAGCCUUUCGUGCGCCUCCACGGUAUAUGAGCACGCCCGGCGCCCCGUUCCGGUGCUGGCUGGCUGGCUGCUGAGCACCUCACGCAGCGACCCGAGGCCACCCCGUGCACACGCCGGCGCGUCUCAUGGAGGUGGAAACGCCGGCGCCGCCGCAGCCAUGCAAGAACGCCGGCGCCACGCGGCCCGGCGGGAGCUGCGGCAGCGCUAGGCUGCUGCGCAACCCGGUCCUCGUCGCCAACUUCGUCCUCAUGGUCGUCGGCUCGGCGGGCGGCCCGCUCUUCCUCCGCGCCUACUUCCUCCGCGGCGGCGCCCGCAAGUGGCUCUCGGCCUUCCUCCAGACGGCCGGCUUCCCGAUCCUGCUCGUGCCGCUCUGCGCGUCCUUCUCCCGGCGCCGCCGGCGGCGGCGCAGCGGCAGCGGCGAGGAGGCAUCGUCCACGAAGGCGGCCGGCGGCGCGCCGUUCUUCCUCAUGACGCCCCGCCUCCUGGCGGCGUCCGCGGGCAUCGGCGUCAUGACCGGCCUCGACGACCUCCUCUACGCCUACGGCCUCGCCUACCUGCCGGUCUCCACGUCCUCCAUCCUCAUCUCCACGCAGCUGGCAUUCACGGCCGCCUUCGCGCUGCUGCUCGUGCGCCAGCGGUUCACGGCGUUCUCGGUGAACGCUGUGGCGCUGCUCAGCGUCGGCGCCGUGAUGCUCGGGAUGAACGCGGGCGGGGACCGGCCCGCGGGGGUGUCGCGGGCGCAGUACGGCGCCGGGUUCGCCAUGACGCUCGGCGCCGCCGCGCUGUUCGGCCUCGUGCUCGCCGUCAUGGAGCUCAGCCAGGCGCGCCACGCGGCGCGCCCCGGCGCGGCGGCCGUCACCUACACGCUCGUCAUCGAGAUGCAGCUCGUCAUCGGGCUCACCGCCACCAUCUUCACCGCCGUCGGCAUGCUUGUGAACAAUGACUUCCACGCAAUCUUGGAAGAGGCGCGGGAGUUCGGUUUCGGCCGGACAGGUUACUACAUGCUGCUCGCCGGGUCGGCCGCCACGUACCAGUGCUUCUUCCUCGGCACCAUCGGCGCCAUCUUCUUCGGCUCGGCGCUGCUGGCCGGCGUGGUCAUGACCGUGCUCAUCCCGGUCACCGAGGUGCUCGCCGUCCUGCUGUUCGGCGAGCCGUUCAACGGCACCAAGGGCGUCGCCCUCGCGCUCUCGCUCUGGGGCUUCGUCUCCUACCUCUACGGUGAGGUCCAGACGGCCAAGGCGAACCGCCAGCCCGACAACAAUCCACCAAAUGCUGAGGAUUUGGACCCAUAGAUGACCGCGUUCAUAAAUACAUACCCAGUAUACUUUAGAGACUUAGAGUACGUAUG